AUGGCUGAGCCAGACCCCGAAGCAAUCCACAUCCCCGUUUCGGCUGAUGACAGCAACGACUCGGCCUUUGGUGAUGACAUAAGUGACACAACCUCUGUUGCCUCGACCAUCUGGCGCCACCGCUACGAGAAUGGCCGCCGCUAUCAUAAAUUCCGUGAAGGCGCUUAUUGGGGGCCAAAUGACGACGCCCAGAAUGAUCAGCUAGAUAUUGGCCACCAUAUGCUUCGACUCCUGAUCGACGAUAAAUUGUUCCUGGCACCAAUCGAGAAACCCCAGAAAGUUCUGGACAUUGGAUGUGGAACGGGUAUCUGGUCCAUAGACUUUGCGGAUGAGUUCCCCGACUGUGAAGUCAUUGGGACCGAUCUGUCUCCCAUACAGCCUCAGUUUUGUCCACCAAACUGUCAUUUCGAGAUUGAUGACUGCACAGAGCCAUGGACAUUUCCGAAAAACUCAUUUGACAUGAUCCACGUCCGAUGUCUCUUUGGCAGCGUCGGAGACUGGCCAGCUUUCUAUCGGGAAGCAUUAGACCACCUCCGACCAGGCGGAUGGAUCAACCAGAUGGAAAUGGCCAUCCAGUUCAAAGCCGACGAUGGCACGUGUCCACCGGAUCAUACUAUGGCGGAAUGGUCGAAGCUCUUCAUCGAAACGGCCGACAAGUUUGGCAAGACCAUGAAGGUGGCUGACAACAUGAAGACGUGGAUAACAGACGCAGGCUUCGAGGACGUGAACGAAGUGAGGUUCAAACUUCCCGUGGGUCCGUGGAGCUCCGACCCCAAAAUGAAGGAGCUAGGGAAGUGGAACCUACUGUACUGCUAUCAUGGAUGCGAGGGGUGGGCCAUGUUCUUACUCACGCACGUCCUGAAAUGGAAAUAUGAAGAAGUCAUGGUCUUGGUGGCAAAAUUCAAGGAAGCACUGCGGGACAGGAAAACUCAUGCUUACUACGAUGUAUCAGUCGUUUACGGACGAAAGCCAAGUGCUCCUUAA